AUGGCUGCAGAUGUAAGAACAGGUGAUAGGUGCAGGUGUGCUUGUAUGAAGAUGGUGCAGACAGUGCAGGUGGCAGUGCUAGGAGCACCUGGGGUUGGCAAGACCUCUAUCAUCCGGCAAUUUGUAGCCCAGGAGUUCCAGGAGGAAUACACCCCAACUGAGAGUAGGCAGCUGCACAGAGCCUCUGCAGUGCUCAGCGAGAGGAUGUAUGAGCUGCUCAUCCUGGAUUUACCCAACCUGCCUAGAUACCCUGGAUCUGCAGGACAGGAGUGGAUGGAUCCACGUUUUCGGGGGCUCCGUAACAGCAGAGUCUUCAUUUUGGUGUUUGACAUCUGCAGCCCUGAGAGUUUCCACCAUGUAAAACAGCUGAGGCAGCAAAUCUUGGACAGUUGCUGUAGCACAAGUAAACCCCCAGUGGUUGUUGUGGUUGGAAACAAGAGAGAUAAGCAGAAGCUUCGAUUCGCCCCACGGCAUGUUCUCUCUGUGCUGGUGAAGAAGAAUUGGAAAUGUGGAUACCUGGAGUGUUCGGCUCGCAAUAACUGGCACAUCCUUUUACUCUUCAAGGAACUUCUCAUCAGCACCACUGCAAGAAGCAGAAGCAAAACUCCCAGCAUCUGCCUGCAGGGGGCACUGCAUAGAGAGCGCUGCAGCGUUAUGUGA